UCCCGGCGCAGUCGAAGAGUUUUUACCGUUUUGGACGUUUUUAUCCGAACAAAGUGAGCGUUUGUUUUAAAUUUGAAUGUGUUUUUUAACAGCACAUUAAUCCCGAGGACGAGUAGUGUUUGUGUUUAACUGCGGUCUGGAGUCGCCAUGACGCAGAGGAAAGGACUGAGGAGCCCGCAGAGCUCCUCGCAGAGCAAGAGACUAUCCAGCAGCUUUACGUCUCAGGAAGACGAUGACGAUGUAACGUUCACUCAGCCGAGGACGUCACAGGUGCAGAGAGGGCUGGAGAAAGUCACACCUGGACAGGUCGACCAGAAGACUGCUGAGGUGGUGCAGUACUUCCUGGUAAAAGACCAAAAGAAGAUUCCUGUACGCCGCGCAGAUCUUGUGAAACAUGUGCUGAAGGAGUACAAAACCAUCUACCCUGAGAUCAUAAAGAGAGCAGCACAAACUUUUGACCAGGUGUUCGGCUUGAAACUGAUAGAAAUCGACAAAAAAAAUCACAUAUAUAUACUGGUCAAUAAUUUGGAGGCCCCUAACAGACCUUCCCCAAUACAAUCCCCCACGAAUCCAAAGAUGGGUCUGCUUUUUGUUAUCUUAAGUGUUAUUUUCAUGAAAGGAGGCACCGUCAGAGAAAUUCUCAUUUGGAAUACUCUGAAGAAACUUCGCGUUGAUGCCGGGGAGAAGCACGACGAGUUUGGUGACGUGAAGAAGGUGGUCACAGAUGAGUUUGUGCGCCAAAAGUACCUGGAGUACGCGCGGAUCCCUCACACCGAUCCCAUCGAGCACGAGUUUCGCUGGGGUCCACGGGCUGACGAGGAAUUGUCAAAAGCAGAAAUUCUGGAGUUUAUGGGUCGGCUUCACGGACAGGACCCUCAGAGCUGGAGUCAGCAGUACAGAGAAGCUCACGCCGCCCCCGAGUCCAGCCAGGCCGGCAGCAGCAGCCAGAGAUGACCCUCAUUCAUGGCUCUUAAAUGUUAGCUUUUGCCCUGACUUGUUUCUUUAGGGUGAAAGACAAAACUGUAUCAGCACUUGGUUCUCUUUUGUAAAAAAUACUUUAUUUUUUUAAAUUAAAAGUUAUGUUCAUA